GACCACGGCAGGAUACGCUACAACCAGCUCCUUCCUGUUCCUUGGAGGAGCUUCUUGGAUCCUCCUGACUGGGCGGUCCUCACGAGGCUCUUCGCGAAGGAAUCCCCCGCAGCCAAAGCGGAGAGGCUCUUGGAACUGGGAAUGCUGGAACUGGAUUCCGUCUGGCGUCCGCUUCCUCCCCCCGGAGUCCUCGUGCCCCUCAGAACAGCGCCUCGGCUCUUCACGGCCACCGCCACGGUCAUGGGCCAACACGUAACGACCUUCGACCUGCACCACUACGAGUUCCUGGGUCCCUGCUCCUACCUGCUCACCAAGGACUUCAUCGACGGCGACUUCGAGGUGGUGGGCGUGUACGAGAGCGAGUCCGGCGACGUCAGGCUGGAAUCGGUGCUGAUCCGCGCCCCCGGCACUGAUGUCACGCUCCAUGUGAAUGGCAUGGUUGACGUCACCUACGCGGCGGCUCAGGUGGAGAGCGCCGACGGCCGGGCCGAGCUGAAGACGAACGACCUGGAGGUGAUCUGCAGCCGCGAAUUCCAGGGCUGCUCGAUCACCGUCACGUCUAAAUAUUUCGGCAGGCUGGGAGGCAUGCUCGGCAACUUCAACUACGAGCCUUCGGACGAUCAGCAGGGCCCCGACGGCACCAGGGUGUUCAGCGUGGGCGGACUGGCGAGGCUGUGGGCGGUGUCGACGCAAGCAUGCUACCAGGCCAACCAGGCCACCCAGGUGCUCGCCCUCGACGGAGCCACGGGCGUGGACGAGUGCCAGCGGCUGUUCCUCGGAGCCAACAGCAGUCCCUUCGUCACCUGCUUCUCGUCAGUGGACCCGCGACCCUACUUCUGGCACUGCGUCAACGACCGCAACCGGCCGCUCCAACGCCAGGGCGCGAGUAAGCGGUCGUGCGACGCUGCCGAGUCGUACCGAGUGAUGUGCGCGACGGAAGGGCGCCCCCUGCCUGCUCUCGACGCCUGUCUCGGUCGUGGUGCAGGCGAAUACCAGGGUGAAAACCAGGUAUCGCCGCCAGAUUCCCCGACCUGCAGCACGCCCGACGGUCAAGUACCAGUCGGUUGGAGUCAGAGCUUCUGGGGCGCCAAGAACGGCUCGCUGGACGUCGGCCUCGUGGUGGAACUCGCCUCCUGCAACGAGGGGAAGGACUUCGGCCAGAUGCUGCAGGAGGUGGCGAAGAGCUUCAGGAAGGCUGGAUACGAGGACGUCCGCUUCGCCCUGCUGACGUACACGAGCAGCGAGUUGGGUUCUGCGUCGGCCUUCUCUACCGAGGGUCGCGCGGCGUCCCAGCUGGAGGGCGUCCCGAUGGAAGACUCGAAGGACGCGCAUGGUGGCUCGGCGGCCGUCAUGCAAGCGGCGAGAACCAUGCAGUGGCGUCCCGGCGUGGGCCGCGUUCUGCUGCAGGCGUCGUGCCAGCUGUGCGACGACGGCAAGAGCGUGGCCGAGGCCCUGCGGGAGAACGACGUCGAGCUGCACAUCCUCUCGAGGCUGACGGUGACCCUCGAGGGCCCCGAGACGGCCGAGAGCAAGACCUUGGCCUGGCGUAUCUUCGGCUACGAUAAGGACCUGGUCUACACGUCGUCGGACUACAGGACCUUCCAAGGAGACGCCGGCCAGAGAGAACUUCUCGAGGAGCACGGGGAAUCCUGCCUAGACACGGUGCAGGAUGCCGGAGGGGCCGUCUUCAACAGCAACAGAUGGAUACCCAAGAAGGCAGGCCUGACGAGGAAGUUCCUGAGUGUCCUGAGUCAGCGCCUGGCCACCGACGUCCCCGAGCCGCGCUGCCACCAGUGUCGAUGCCUCGCUGACGAAGACCAGGCCAGGCUCAGCUGCAGACGCUGUGGGGAGGAGCCGGAAAUCAACCCAGUAAUGGAAAAGAUCAUUAAAGACUUCAGGGCAGAAUUCCAUACUGAUGAAUCUCCGUUGGCAUGAAAGGA